AUUGUAGCUGUAGCUGCAGCAGUGAAUGUUGCUAGGUAUUAUUCGUAAAUAUUCAACUAAAAAAAUGGUACAGACACACGUCAUUCAAGGAUAUGAAAAAUUCCAGGAGUUUUUCAAGAACUUCGAUAGCCAGGGCCAAAAAGUGCAUGUUUUGUAUUCCAGCCCUAGAAAACCAGACAACACAAGUUGGUGUACCUAUUGUGUCAGAGCUUGGCCAGUUAUAGACAAAGAAUUGGAGGGCACUGAUCCAAAUUCCCAUUUUAUCAGGGUUGAAGUUGGUGAUAUGCCAAUAUGGAAAGACCCCAACUGCCCCUUCAGACACGACCCCAAAACCAAAUUGCGCGUUUUGCCAACUCUGGUAAGGUGGCAGGGACCUCAAAGAUUGGAGGGCGAGCAGUGCGACAAAGCCGAUUUGGUCAACAUGCUCCUCAACGAAGAUGAUGAUUAAGCCAGUUUGAUUUGAUCGUUUAGCUUUUUAUGUUUUGUAUAAAUAAAUUCCCCACUCAUAAUAAAUAAUUGUAUGU